AUGUCAAAAACUCUUUUUGCUGCUAGUGAUUUCACAAAUGGUCUCCAAGCUCUUGAUGAAGCGAUAGGCAACGACUACUGGCUCUCUCCAUUCACACCCAUCACUUUACUUUCUGCAGGCGGGUUUAUCGCAGUGACAUUUCUCCGAUGCCGCCAAAGUACCGAAGAUUUUGACUAUCUUCUCGAGCCCCAGUGGGCAUAUGACGAUGAUGUUAAGAAGCCUCUGAAUAGCGCUAUUGAAAAUGCCGCCAAAGUUCUGGGAUUUGACCCAGAAUGGGCGAAUGAAGACAUGGGAGCUUUCGUGUCCAAGCAGGACAGGGAACGCUUGUUUCAACAGGCAGAAGAGCAAAAUAUUGUACUCUGGCAAGGGGAAAAUCUCAAGGUGCUUGCUGUCCCCUUGAAAUGGGCGCUAGAGCGGAAACUACGACGGCUCCAACAUAAUAAAAUGAAUAUCAGCAAGCGAGACUCAGACCUCAAUGACGCUCUUGCAUUGCUGAAAUAUUUAAAGGACAAGGAACGGGCACCAUUGGAUCAGGAGCAUAUUCGGACGCUGAGUAUAACUUCUAGGGAAUUGCCACCGGAUCAGAGAACGAUGGAAUGGAUUGCCGAAGCCUAUCAAGCGAAGUAUGGAGAGAAAGUUUUUGUGUAG